UUUUCAUUUGGAUUUUCAUGUGGCCAUCAAAGUAGGCACAGUUUAGUUCGUAUCAAGAAAAAACCAUUCUUUCACGUUUUGGAAAAAAUUUGGAUGUAGGAGGCAAAUUUUUAUCAAAAUUCAAUCACUAUGAUCAAAGAACUGUAUCAAACAGUGGAACCACAACAGCCCAGUUUCGCUCCGACUGCUGCAUCAUCGUCCCGGCUGCAUUGUCGCAGCGGUGCAUUCCGUGGUCCCAAGGCAGCUAUGCUGACGGCCAGCAAAUGGAACCAGCUGUUAAGCACAGCUAGCGACGGUUCGAAAACUCGCCCUCAAACUGCCGUUGGUCCUGGUGGAAAAUCGCUCGCUCAGAAAGAAGCAGAAUUCAAGCAAUACCUUAAGAAAGAAUCUCAAGAAAUGACCAGAAAGUGGGACAACACUGUGCAAAAUAUACGUCAAAAGAAGGAGGCCGAACGCCUCAAGCGCCAACAAAAUCGCGUGGAAGAAGACCAAAAACAUUACUUAGAGUUGAAGGCAGCUGACGAGAUUAAGCGCAAUGAACUGAUUAGAAAGGCCGAAGAGAUGAUACAAAAAGAAAAGGAAGGACCAAGGGUCCUCGAAAGUGCAGCUAAAUUUUGCGAGGUAUUGAAAGCACGCGAGCAUCAACGUCAUUUCCGAUCGGAGCAACAGGCGGUCCAGGAAAGUCGUCGUCGACAGUCAGAUCAGCAGGACAUUGCCCAAGCUAACCGUUGGUUGAAAUUGUACGCCGAACGUCAAAUUGAAGACCGCAAGCGAUUUGAUAACUACAAGAAAGAGUUGAAGGUCAAAAUCGAACUCGAUCGCGAAGAAUUGAAAAAGCAGCGUAAUCAUCUCAUCGAACAAGAGCGUAGGCAGCAUCAGGCUUUAGAAGAGGAUACAAAGCGUCAGGUAGAGAAGGAGAAGAACAUGCUAGAACGUGAUAAGGAAAUAAGGCGACAACAUGCUUUGGAAGCAAUGAGAAUGGCUCAAGAACGAGAAGAACGUUUGAAACGCGAGGCCUGCAUCGAGGAAACAUUAAACAAUAUUUACAACGACGGACAGAAGGCUAUUGCAGACAAGCUGAAGCAAAUACAUAUCAAUAAGCAUAAAUUCCGAGAUAACUCACACAUGUUGAAAGCUGAAAUAGAAAAAAAUAAAUGUUUAAUGGAUGAAACUGAGAAAAAUCGACAAGAUGCAAUACGUAGCAAAGAGAUAGAAGCCGACAAACGAGAAAGGGAGAGAAUUGAGGCAGAAAGGAAGAUGAAAGCCGCUCGUAUCCAGGCACAUAUCCAGGAAAUAGAGUGGAAGAAACUUCAAGAGACCGAACAGGCAAUUCUGGACCGGAAAGAAAUGGCAGAUCGUAUCAAAAACGUCGAAGUUACUUACGAUUUCGAUAGCCGAAAGGUCACAAAUCAUACUAAAAAAGCUCAUGUUCAGCGCAAGCUUCUGUUGGAUCAAAUGGACGAAAGAAUCGACAGAGAAAAACAGGAAGCUGAUACACGUGCUGAACUCGAGUACAUGCGAAACAGUGCGGAGAAGGAAAAUCGGCACUUUUUGCAGUAUGCAGAUGAGCUUGUUAAUGAGGCGCAAUCUAAAGGUCGCCCUGUAUUACCUUUAUUGAAAACCGUUAAUAAUUACAAACGUGAACAUUAUUUCGAUUUUAAAGAGAAAAACUUUGUACCAAGACAUUUGGUGUCUCGUGUUCCUAUUAACAACAACGGAGUUCAACAAACUCAAUGUGAGCCAUAUAUACCGGAUCCAGCUAUUAUAGAAAUGACCUUGGCGAUGCCUCCAAUCCGAAUGCGCUACAAUCCAGAGCAGUUGAAGAAUAUGAAUCCAUACAAACAAAACCACCAGAACUAGUGAAAUAUUGUAGUAAUGCAAACGUUUUGUGUGUUCUCAAUCGUAACUAUAGAAGUCUGAAUAACCGCGCACCUUUAGUGUGAUAAAAGCUCUAGGAUCUGAUCUUUUCAAUUGCUCGAUUAAACAGAAUCAUUGAACAUUUUUAUUGAAAUUUG